CACCUCCUCCACUCUGCCAGCAGCUUGUUGUUGUAACCGGCCGGCUCCCGCUCCACACACACCGGCUCCCGGGAACAUGAGCGAUCACCGCGCUGCUUCUCUGCCUCUCUGGUGAACCCGCCCCCCCUCUCUCUCUCGCCAUGGUCCGCAACGUGGACGACCUGGACUUCAGCCUGGCGUCGCACGCCCAGAGCAUCCUGGAGGGGCUGCGCUCCCUGCGCUCGCAGCCCCGGCUGGUGGACGUGACGCUGGGCGCCGGCGGCCGGGACUUCCCCUGCCACCGCGCCGUGCUCGCCCUCUGCAGCCCCUACUUCCGCUCCAUGUUCUCGGGGGACUUUGUGGAGAACAUCGCGGCGCGCGUGGAGCUGUGCGACGUGGAGCCCGACGUGCUGGCCUCGCUGCUGGACUUUGCGUACACGGGCCGGCUGACCAUCAACCAGGGCAACGUGGAGGGGCUGGUGCGCACCUCGGACCGCCUGCAGUUCCAGACGGUGCGCGGCGUGUGCGGCCGCUACCUGCAGCACCAGAUCGACGCCACCAACUGCCUGGGCAUCCUGGAGUUCGGCGAGACGCACGGCUGCCCCGAGGUGGUGGCCAAGGCCUGGGGCUUCCUGCUGGAGAACUUUGAGGCGGUGCAGCGGGGCGAGGAGUUCCCCCUGCUGGGGAAGGAGCGGCUGGCCGCCUGCCUGGCCCACGAGGGCCUGCAGGUGCGCUCGGAGCACGCCCGCGUGGAGGCCGCCCUGGCCUGGGCGCGGCACCAGGAGGCCCCCCGGCGGGACCACCUCACGGAGCUGCUGGGCCUGUCCCGCCUGGCCCUGCUCAGCCCGGAGUACCUCAGGGACCGCCUGCUGACGGACGGCCUGGUCCAGGGGGCCCCCGGGGCCCGCCAGGCCGUGGAGCACGUCCUGCAGGAGAUGUCCGUGGAGCCCGGGCUGGAGCAGAGGACCAGCCCCUGCAGUCCCCAGCCCAACCUGCAGGAGGUGCUGUUUGUGAUGGGCGGCCGCUCGCUGGACGACGAGGACGAGGACGAGGAGGAGGAUGAAGAGAGUGACCCCAGAGUACAGCCGCGGAACUGUGCGUUCUACAACAUAAAGACCAAGCAGUGGCACCAGCUCCCCAACUUCCCCAACCCCAACAAGUGGGGCUACUCUUUGGUCUCCCUCAGCAAUGACGUCUAUGUCACAGGCGGGUCACGGGGGUCCAACACCAACACCUGGUCCACCACGGAGACCUGGAAGUACAUGACGCGCCAGGGCCGCUGGGUUACCGUGGCGCCCAUGCUCUGCCCGCGGACCAAUCACAUGUCGGCGACCCUCAACGGGGAGGUCUACGUCAUCGGAGGUACGACCCUGAACUACGUGGAGGUGGAGCACUACGACCCCUACAGCGACACCUGGGCGCUCACCUGCCCCGCCCUGCGCUACGUCACCAACUUCACCGCCACCGCUUGCCACGGGAAGCUCUACCUGAUCGGCUCGUGUGCCGUCAAGUACAACGUCCUGACCAUGCAGUGCUACAACCCCGUGAUCGACAGCUGGAGUGUGGUGUGCUCCCCGUUCAUCCCUAAGUACCUGUCGUCUCCCCGCUCCAUCACGGCGGACGGCGUCAUCUAUCUGAUCGCUGACAACACCAAGAAGGUUUACACCUACGACCCCGACGCCAACAUGUGGCAGAAGGUGCAGUACCUCAACAUGCUCCAUGAGAACGGGGGCCUGGUGGUGCUGGACGGGGGGCUGGCGGUGACGGGGGGGCACUGGAAGGGCAUGGAGGGGGACUACGGGGUGGAGAUGGAGGUGUACGACAGGGCAGCCGACUGCUGGCGGGUGGAGGGGGCGCUGCCCCGCCUCUGGUUCUACAGCGGCGCCGCCUCCGUCUUCCUGGACCCCGCCCAGUGGCCCGAGGCCUUCCCCAUCGACCCCCUCUGAGACCCCAUACCCCCCCACACACCCGUCCCAGCACCUGGGGGUCAAGGCCCCUCGGGUUGCAGGAGUUCGCUGCUUGUGUUUAAGCUAGGAUUGUUUUAGGAUGGGUUUUAAAGGUUUCACAAAGGACCUGUUAAUCAGACCUGCCUGGUGACUGGCUAGUGAGUAAACCAUGUUACUCAAUAUGUGAACAACUAGUUAUCACUUAGUGAACUACUGCUAAACACUUAAUGACUACUGCUAAUCACUUGGUGAACUACUUGUUAUCACUUAAUGAACUACCAUUUAUCACUUGGUGAACUAUUGCUAAUCACUUAAUGACUACUGCUAAUCACUUGGUGAACUACUUGUUAUCACUUAGUGAACUACCAUUUAUCACUUAGUGAACUAUUGCUAAUCACUUAAUGACUACUGCUAAUCACUUGGUGAACUACUUGUUAUCACUUAGUGAACUACUGCUAAUCACUUGGUGAACCACUAGUGCUCAGUGCGGUGCGAUGAGCACUCGUUCACCAGGACAUGCUGUAAGGGGCAGAUGAAGGGUCAAAGGAUGUGUUUGAAGCAGAUGUGUGAAGAGGGAAGAGGAUGUGAGUAGUUUGGGUCGCAAUGUUCAGACUAAAAGACUUCCAUGCCCAACGGCUGGACACUACUGAUCUGGGGUCAGUCUAGGCUAGAUCUUCACAAAUACAACACAAACACAAAUAGAAUCACAAACGGUUAACUCCGUACAGAACUAUUUUAAUGAAAUCAAGUGAUUUAUUGAGGAUAACAAGGGGCCUGUUUUUAGUUUUUUUGUGCUCAAGGCUCAAGUCUCGGCUCAAAAUUCUGUUUUUAAAGGUACAUUCUCUUGAGCCAAUUAGAUUGUUUUUUAACUUUAGCCAAUGUUGUUUUUUGUGUGCGUUUAUAAUCAGUAAAUCUAACCAGAAUCUAUCGGGUUAAACUCUGGGUGAGCAUUUACACCAGAUGGGUCAGUUGGUACCAGCCAGCUGAAAUGUGUAUCACAGGAUUAUCAACCUUGAAUUUUAAACAGUUAAACUUUAACCAAGAGAAUGAUGGACGCCUAAUAAUAACAUUCACCCUGUUGACUUUUUUUGUAAAACCUUUGUAGAGAAUUAAAUGUAUUCAAGGCUUUUUUUUACAUUGAUUAUGUGAAGUGUGUGCGUGUGCGUUGUUUCCUAGAUGUUUGUAGACUCUAAAUGUGUUGCCACUUUGAUGCCAGGGCUUUGGUUUUAAAGUUUGUUUAUACGUUGUAGGACUGUAUUUAAUAUAAAACAAAUUGUACAAUAUGCCAUGUUAAUAUUAAAAAAGAUUCAGAGUUCUCUUGUUACAUCUGUUUGUGGUGUUUAGCGUUUGACAGUGUUUUUGUUUAAUGAUUAAACUUUGAGCCUAGAGCUAAGCGUCAGUCCGCCUCCCUCUGUGUG